AUGGCGACCACUGAAUCUCAAGGAGCGACUAAGAAGCUGGGACCAGUAAACAUAGGCAACAGGAUCGUCCGCUUCAAGAUACCUAACCUGGACCGCCGUUUCACCGUGCAUGAAGAUCUCAUAUGUAGCACCUCUCGAUUCUUCAAAGACUGCCUCCAGAAACAUCGGAAGCCCAUCGCCAGCAUUGAUGAGUGUUGUGUCUGCCACGAGACCUUGGACGCUACGGUAAAAGAUAUAUCUUUCUGCAUCGAGUGCGGACAAAACGUCCACGAAGUCUGCAUCGAAACUUGGAAACGCAAAUCCACUACCGGCGUUAACAAAGAUUCUGCACCGACAUGCCCGAUGUGUCGAGCUAGCUGGAAGAACGAUCCGCUGCUCAAUCAUUUAGACCUGAAGUCUGACCUGGAUCCUGAGGCUGUUCAGACUUAUCUAGACUGGAUUUACACCUCCACUCUGAGCAUACCUUCUCAGAUUGCCUAUAGCAAUGGUACUUUCAGUCUAGUGAUGCUCAAACUCUGGACUAUGGCCAACGCUGUUGAAGACCCGUCCUUCAAAGCCAAAGUCAUCAUCAUUUACUUUGCAGAAGCUCCUUUCAGCUGGACGGCUUUGGAUGACGUUAUGGAGUACGUUUUGGAGUGGGCUUUUGUAGAGCGAAAGUGUGACGAUGAGAUCCGAGAAUUCAUUAUCGACUUAAGGCGUGAGUGGGUCAAGCCCAGUUUCUUCAAGAAAGCCAGGAGGGAGGAUCUCGAAACAUUGAAGAAGGGGUGGAUGAAAAGGCUCAACAUAGAGAUGGACCCCGUGAGCGACGACAAAGUCACGUCAUUUUCAGUAGGAGUGCAGGGAGUGGUUAUUGCAGGAACUAGCUUGUUUUUCCCUUCCUAUAUGUGAUUCUUUUUGUCAACAGUCUCUACC